AUGGCAAGUAAUUUUUCAACAAGGAGUUCUGCGUCCAAUGGGUAUGGUCGAAGGAGGAACGUACUGUGCAAGUGCGGUGUUGUUGCUCCGGUUAUCACUACUUGGACGAAUGAAAAUGGUAACAUUGGGAGGCGUUUCUUUGGAUGUGGAAGGUUUAAGGAACAGAACAAGAGGCAAUGUGAUUUCUUUCAGUGGUAUGAUGAGAUGGAGGGCAACCCGCGUGAUAAGAAGUUAAUUGCAGCCUUGUUGCGUAGAGUUGAGGGGAUGAAGAAGAAUGAAGCAAUGUUGAUCAAGUGGUGUGUGUUGGGAUGGUCCUUAGUUGUGUUUCUGUUGGUUGUUUGUGUAAUUCAGAUGAUGAAAUUGAUGAAGUAUAAGUAA